CUCUUGGGUCGGAAGCAGCUGGGCUCCGGUUCGGUUCAUCUCAGCUUACCUCUUUUUAAUCUUGAAGACUUCAACAUAUAACUUGGAUCUAUCUUUUUUUUUUCUUUUUUUCUCUUUUUGGUUUUUGAGAACUUCUCUACCAAGCAAUACGUCCCCUACUGUGCUUUUUGUUACUGAAGAGCUACUUUUGUGUUUUCUAAAUCUAAAUAAGAUUCUUCUUUCUGUUUUUGUUUUUUUACCCAACUCUCCCAUGAAGCUACAUUGUUGCUUAUUCAUUUUAGUGGUGAUUGUGCCAGCUGUUUUUGUUUGGGAAGAUAUAAAUUUCAACCAAAUGGCCUCUCCAGAAGCAAAUCAGACAACUGACAAUGCAUCCUUUCUCCCAAGCUUUGAAUUCUCAGCAAGUUCUCACUCAGGUGAUGAUGUCAUCAUAGCCAAAGAGGGCACUAGCGUUUCUAUGGAGUGUCUUCUCACAGUCGGUCACCACGAAGAUGUCCGCUGGUACAACUCGAAAGGACAACAACUUGAUGGCAAUGACAGAGGUGGAAAAUGGCUGGUUUCUGAUCAGUUUCUAAAUAUCACCAACGUAGCCUUUGAUGAUCGUGGGCUGUACACAUGUUUUGUCACCUCUCCAACACGUGCCUCCUACUCUGUCACCCUCCGAGUGAUCUUCACCUCUGGAGACAUGAGCAUCUACUACAUGAUCGUUUGCCUGAUUGCCUUCACCAUCACUCUCAUCCUGAAUGUCACGCGGCUGUGCAUGAUGAGCAGCCAUCUUCGCAAGACCGAGAAGGCCAUCAAUGAAUUCUUCAGGACUGAAGGGGCCGAGAAACUCCAGAAGGCCUUUGAGAUUGCCAAACGUAUCCCCAUCAUCACCUCCGCCAAGACUCUGGAGCUCGCCAAAGUCACUCAGUUUAAGACCAUGGAGUUUGCUCGCUAUAUUGAAGAGCUGGCUAGAAGCGUUCCCCUCCCACCUCUUAUUCUCAAUUGCCGGGCCUUUGUCGAGGAGAUGUUUGAAGCUGUGCGAGUGGAUGACCCUGAUGACAUGGGCGAACGAAUUAAAGAGAGACCUGCCUUGGAUGCUCAAGGGAGCAUCUAUGUGAUCAACCCAGAGAUGGGGCGGAGUACUUCACCGGGAGGAGAUUCAGAUGAUGGCUCUCUCAAUGAACAAGGCCAAGAAAUAGCAGUCCAGGUGUCUGUCCACCUCCAGUCAGAGACCAAAAGCAUUGGCACAGAUUCUCAAGAUAGCAGCCACUUUAGCCCCCCUGAUGAAACAGAGUCUGCAGAAUCCAGCUUGAACCACAAAGAUGGAACAUACGAACCUUCCCAGCUGUGAGGCAACUCCAUACCAACCACAGUGGCUCAGGAAAGAACCUACUUCUUGAAAGAAAUUACUCUUUUUUUAACCAAAAAAUGACAGAUUAUUUCCCCUUCUAAUAUUAAGCACAUCAGAGUAUGAAUUGCCAAAACUCUUUGUAAAACUGUGGCAUCUUUCCUGAUAUUUCUUAGUCAUUUUUCUUGAGCAACAUAUAUUAAGAUUUAAAGGAACCUGAGCAAUAAACAUGUUGGAGGGAAAAAGAGUCACAAUUCUCCAGGUGAAAGGUUAACACUUCUGUUGACACCUGAGCUUUCCCAGCAGUAAGAUGAAAGAUUUAAAUCAGAUGAGAUCUAAAGUUGGUUUUCAGGCUUAUAACUUCUUGUCAUCUUCAAACCAUAAAAAUCUUCAGCAUAUCUCUGAGUAAAACUUUCCCUAGAGUUUUAGUCCCUCAUUUUAGAAAGGACCAAGCUGAGACUUCGUUUUGUGUUGUAGUUUAAUCUACCAUGCAUAGCGCACAGGUAUAGAUAUUUUUUCAAUGGUCUGCCAUGUGGAGGUGUAAUCUUGAUGGAGCAUGACUGUUAUAGCAUACAGAGAGUAGAGAGAAAAACUCGUUACACACUACUUUGCAUGCAUAAAUUACUACUUUCAGGGAGUAAAUAACGUCUUUUUACCUUCCUGAGGCAUCAUGUAGUUCUCUAAGGCUGACGAUGAUCUCCACAAAUGAGCAGUCUGUUCCUCAGAAAGAAUGUCAUUGAUGCUUUUAGAAUGCUUUUAGAACAAUGUCAAAUCUUUUGCCUCUGAUAUAUCAUGGAUUUUGAUGUUCUGUAAAGACUUUUUUUCAAAAAAACAUAAUACUGGACUCCACAAGUGGGUUGUAUGUUUGGGAUCCCAUUCUAGGAUACACCCCAUAUUCCUUUUCAGACUUCUGUCAACACUCUUGCCCUUUGUGGCCUUAAAAUGGUGCUAAUGGUCGCAUGCCUCUCUGUCUUUGCUUGUUUUCCUUAUAUGGUAAUGGUUUGAGUGGGCUUCAGAAGCACAAUUUUGAGGUGGGACUGCUUUCAUGGGCUCUCUGAGAAGCACUUACCUGAAAUAAGAUGAGCUAAAUGUGUUUGGCCUGUUCUUGUGUUAAAAUACACACAUGAAUAACCUAGACAUAAAAGAGAAAAAUGAUGGAUGAGGCCACCCAGUGCAGCUCUAUGUCAUAAACACUUCCGAUGACAUUCCUUGUCUGGCUGAGAACUGAUAUCAUGGACUUGUAAAUCCUCUCCAAAAUAGUUUGUUCAGCUUCAGGAAGAUUGGUGCCAUAGAAUUUUAAGAACUCGGCUGUGGAGCUCCAUUUGGCGCUUCAUAUUUCUUUAUUUGGUUCCUGGUUGUUGAAGCAUUAAACUAGAGGUUCCUGAGGAGAAUGCUGGGAGGAGGUUUUAUUAGAAUUUUAGUUUGAGAAGAAGACAGGCCAAACAAAUUGUAACCAAUAGAACUUGUGUGUCUCAUUGUCCAAACUCCCAGUGAUACCUCUGCUCUGGACAGCAUGAGCUUCCACAGAAGAUUAUGAUACUGCCUUUUCUGUAUCAGCUGUUUCCAUGGAAAUGUCUAGAGCCAAACAAGAGCUACCAAUCAUUUCACCAAAGCUUACCUUGGCUCUUAGACAUGUAUUUCUGUAAGGAAAACUGUUUUCAUACACUCAGCUAUGAGAACAAGGGCUCUUUAGCAUAUCCUAGAGCACAGAACACUUUAUUUUCUUCUCCACAAUGUUUCUCUUAAAAGAGUAAUGAGAAAUCUUUAAAAUAUCUUGUUGUGGGAAGUCUCCUGAAUGUUCCUCAGAUUUUCAGUUACUGAACUCCAUUCCUGCCCUUAUCUAGCAGGUUUGAGGUCCUUUCCUAGCUUUGAAGCUUGUUACAUUAAAGAGAGUUUUUUCUUCUUGUGUUGUAAGAAGGGAUGUUAGUGUUUAGAACCCUAAAGUAGAACACAGAACUACAGAACUGUAGAAAAACAAAACAAAACUACUGAAAACGAUCUGUAAGCUUGCACAAAUAGUAUUGUAAUUAAAUGUUGGCUACUGCAUAAGUUGGUUUUAGAAACAUAAUUGUAGGUGCUGGAUAUAGGUGGUACAUGCUUAUAAUCUUGCCUCUUGGAGUAGGUUCAAGGUCAGCCUAAGCUAUAUAACACAGACCUUUUUUUGUCUCAGAAAAGGUGGGGUAUGGGGAUAUUGCUUCCCUGUCAAGCUUAAGGCAAUGGGUUCAAGCC